AUGGCCGAGAACUCUACGCUACUCAACUCCGCUCCUACCGACUCUAUCUCACUACUGAGGUUCGCACCGUCGAACCCGAACGGCUUGCUGGUAUCCUCAUGGGAUUCGACUGUACGGUUAUAUGAUGUUGCUGCAAACGAGCAACGCGCCAAGUUCGAUCUUCGAGGAGCUCAACUCGCGACCGCGUUCUCGGACGACAAGCAUGCGUUCAGUGGUGGAGUAGACGCACAGCUAAACUCGCUUGAUCUUGAGACCCAACAACAUAAUGCCGUUGGCAAGCACAACGACACGAUCUCGGCCAUGAGCUACUUGAAAAACUCAAACUCCCUUGCAACUGGUUCAUGGGACCGUACACUACGUUUAUGGGAUCCGCGCGCAUCAGGGCAAGAACAAGCCUCGCACAACCUCCCCGAACGCGUCUACUACAUGGACUCUCUUCAAAACCGCCUGGUCAUCGCUCUCGCCUCCCGCCUCUUCCACGUCUACGACAUCCGCAACAUGGCCAAGCCCGAGCAAACACGCGAGAGUAGCUUGAAGUUCAUGACACGAGCGCUCGCGUGCAUGGCGGACGGCGCGGGCUUCGCGACGGCCAGCGUCGAAGGUCGUAUUGCGGUCGAAUACUUCGAUAUGACGCCGGCGAUUCAAGACAAGAAGUACGCGUUCAAGUGCCACAGGCAGACUAUAGACGAUGUGGACCACGUUUGGCCAGUCAACUCACUCGCGUUCCACCCUAUCUACAACACCUUCGCAUCUGCUGGCUCGGAUGGGACUGUAUCUAUCUGGGACUUGAAACUCAAGAAGCGAUUGCGCCAGUACCCGAAGUACCCGAAUGCCAUUCCCAGCAUUGCGUUCAACGCGGAUGGGAGCAGGCUUGCAGUCGGUGUGAGUUACACUUGGGAUAAUGGGGAGGAGGGAGCGAAGGCGGCUUCUCCGCCUUCCAUCCACGUGCGUCCUCUGGGAGAUGAAGUCAAGCCUAAGGGUUGGACGGGCUAA